AUGGCGGAUGGUGAAGAGCAGGGACCUUAUUGUCUAUGGGGGGCUGGAAAGGAUCCUGAAAACUUAACGGUGAAGGCACCAGACGAGGUUUCUAAGGUGAAACAGAAAAGAAGAGAUUUGAGAUGUUUGGACAUAGAAAAGGAGAAAGAAGAUGCCCAAACUCCUAGAGGAGUUUUAGAAGUUUGCAUAAGAAGCUUUGAAUCUGAAACUAGUGUUUCUGAAAACAGCACAACAGAAUCAGAAGCUCCUUGUCCAAAUUCAAGUUCACGUUCUCACUGGCGCAAAUUUUUUAAAUUAUGGAGUAAAAGAUCAAUUAAGCGCUUAGCCUCCUUCCCUCCUCUUGGUGUGCCAAAGAUAUCAUCAAGAAGAAGGAUCAGGAGUGCAAGAGAGAAUCCAGGACUAGCUAAUAUAUACAACUUCAAGUCUUCGCUGGUGACCUUUACCUUCUCUGACCUCCAAAGGGCGACCAAUAAUUUUAACAAUGAAAAUACAAUUGGUAAGGGUGGCUAUUCCGAAGUUUAUAAGGGUUGUUUGAAAAAUGGGCAGCUUAUAGCAGUAAAGCUGCUGACUAAAGGAACAUCAGAUGAGAAAACAGCAGGCUUUCUAUCAGAACUUGGCAUUAUAGCUCACGUAGAUCAUCCCAACACUGCUAAGUUAAUUGGAUGUUGCGUUGAAGGAGGAAUGCACCUUGUUUUUGAAUUAUCUUCACUUGGGAGUUUAGGAUCUCUCCUGCACGGUCUGAAGGCUAACAAACUGGAUUGGAGUAAAAGAUAUAAAAUUGCUUUGGGGAUAGCAGAUGGUCUGCUGUAUCUUCAUGAGAGUUGUCAGAGGCGAAUCAUUCAUAGAGAUAUUAAGGCUGAUAAUAUUCUACUUACAGAGGAUUUUGUGCCUCAGAUAUGUGAUUUUGGGCUUGCAAAGUGGCUACCCAAACAAUGGACUCAUCACAAUGUCUCAAAAUCUGAGGGCACAUUCGGGUAUUUUGCCCCUGAAUAUUUCAUGCAUGGAAUAGUUGAUGAAAAAACAGAUGUUUAUUCUUUUGGAGUCCUACUUUUGGAGCUUAUCAGCGGGCGUCCAGCUUUGGAUGAUUCUCAGAAAAGUGUUGUAAUUUGGGCAAAGCCUUUGCUUGAUAACAAUGAGAUCAAGGAGCUUGUUGAUCCUUCUAUUGGUGACAACUAUGACCAGAAAGAGAUGGAUCAUGUGGUUUUGACUGCAUCUUUAUGCAUUGAGCAGUCUUCUAUUUUACGUCCGCGAAUGAGUCAGAUUGUGGUACUUCUAAGAGGUGAUGAAUAUGUAUCGAACUGCGCAAAAGAAUCGAAAAGGAGGUCUCAUCAAAGAACAUACUCGGAAGAACUGUUGGAUGCACAAGAAUAUAAUUCAACCAAGUAUCUGGGCGAUCUCAACCGUCACAAGCAGGUUGCUUUUGGUUCUUGA